CGGAGAAAAGUUCAAAUCAGGGGUUUUGCAAAAGUUCGGCCAUCUUGUGGAGGCCCUGAAGGAAUGCCAAAGGAAGGCAAUGGAGAGAAUUGAAAACGAGCAGGCUCGUACCCUCGGCCAGAUGGAAGAGAAUUGGGAUCAAGUGCAGCACCAGCUUGACGUGUUUACCCAACACAAUACGAAGGCAGAAAAACUAUUGGCUUGUACAGAUGAUAUCACAUUUCUGGAGGGACUGCAUCAACUUCAUCCUCCUGGAAAACUGGACAUUCCUCCAACUCUUGAAUUCAAUUUGGCCAGCAGUGAGGGUGUCGUCACUCAAUUCCUCAGUGAGGUCUCCAGACUUUUUCAAGGGGCUCUGUUGACGUCCUUGAAUCCACCAAAACCUGACACAAAAACAGUCUCACCAGAGCCACAGUCAACUGUGAAGAGGGCUGGACCGUGUCUUCCACGGAAUGAGAUAAGAAUGAGUCUUUUGAAGGAUCAUCAGAACUUGACCUUUGACCCAAGCACAGCAAACAAAUACCUACAAUUUUCUGAUCAAGACCGGAAGGCUAUCCAUCCUCAAGGGUCUCAUACCAAGACCUCAAAUGAGCUGCAGAGGUUUGAGUCCUGGCAAGUCAUGUGUCUCCAGAAAUUCAGCCAGGGCAGCAACUACUGGGAAGUCAAGCUGUCUGGCCGUUCAGCCAUUGUGGGUCUAGCCUACGAAAGGAUCACAAGGAAGAAGCAGGCGAGUCGCAGUUUUACCAUUGGGCUGGAUCCGCUCUCCUGGGGCCUGCACGUCCAAGGAGACUGCUACGUGGCUUGGCAUGAUGGGGUGUCGAAGAAGAUAAAUGAGCCUUCGUGCAAGUUCAUUGGAGUACUGCUGAACUAUGAGCAAGGAGUCCUGUCUUUUUACGGUGUAGAUGAAAACAUGAAGCUCCUCCACUCAUUUAAUAGUUUCUUCACAGAGCCUCUUAUCCCAAUCUUCUGGCUCUGUGAAGGGGCAGCUGUGACCCUUUGCCAAAAGCCAUGUGCCCCAGUUGAAAUGGACGGAGUGGCUCCUGACUUGCAGGCAGCUGCUACCUCUAUGGAGAAACCGAGCAAUGAGCAGACCAUUCUGAAACACUGAGGAUGAGUCUGUUGUUGUGCUUGCAAAUUAACUCCUUUCUAAAUGGGUUGAAAAUGUGUUUCUGUUCUUCAUAUCCUUAUCUUCCAUUGACUGAAAUCCUGUUGCUUGGCAUUAUAAACUUGGCACUAGAGUAGGCCCACUGAAUCAGUGGGGAUUUACUGAGUCAACUUCUUCUUCCACCUAAAUCUACCCGAAUCACCCGGGACGGCUGAGGGGUCUG